UUGGAAGCACAUAGUCAACACGCUCUAUUCCUUGAACAGUCUAUGUUUCCAUCGAAAUAUAAACCUAAUCGUACGAAAAACGUAGUACUAGAUAGAAAAAAGCACAUGAAUCCAACCUGAACAUUUCUUUCUUUUCGACUUUUUCUUUACCCAUUCCCACGAACUCCAGCGAACCCAAAUUUCCAAAGCUUCAAUCUCAGCAAUUCUUCAAUUUCUUCAUGGGAUUUGAUACUCACCAGCCAUGAGCAAAUCCGGAAACUUCAUUCACAACCUAUUCAAACCCUUCCAUUUCGGUUCUAAGAAAGACGGACAGAAAGAGGACCUAGAGAGGAUCGCGGCACAAGAAAAGAAGCAAUUCCCUUUUGAAACCCUAGUUAAAGCAACCAAUAAUUUCAACCAAAAUCAUAAGCUAGGCCAAGGCGGUUUUGGUCCUGUCUACAAAGGGAGGUUGGAGGAUGGGAGAGAGAUUGCGGUGAAGAAGCUGUCGCAGAGCUCGAAUCAGGGGAAGAGAGAGUUCAUGAAUGAGGCGAAGCUGUUGGCGCGUGUGCAGCAUCGCAAUGUGGUGAAUUUGUUAGGCUACUGCAUGCACGGCGUAGAGAAGCUACUCGUGUACGAGUAUGUAGCUAAUGAGAGUCUUGACAAGGUUCUCUUCAAGUCUGGUCGACGGGAAGCACUUGAUUGGAAGCGGAGGUAUGACAUAAUUAUGGGUAUUGCUCGGGGCUUGCUUUACCUUCAUGAAGAUUCGCACACAUGCAUCAUUCACCGUGACAUCAAGGGCGGCAAUAUACUACUAGAUGAUAAAUGGGUCCCAAAAAUUGCUGAUUUUGGCAUGGCCCGCCUUUUUCCCGAAGAUGAAACGCACGUCAACACCCGUGUAGCUGGUACCAAUGGAUAUAUGGCUCCUGAGUAUGUAAUGCAAGGGCAUCUAUCUGUUAAGGCAGACGUAUUCAGCUUUGGAGUUGUGGUUCUGGAACUGGUGAGUGGUCAGAAGAACUCAACUUUCAACUCAAGUCUGGAAGACCAGAAUCUACAGGAAUGGGCAUAUAAAUUGUACAAGAAAGGCAAAAGCUUGGAGGUGAUGGACCAGACCUUGAUGUCAUCUGCAGUUCCUGAUCAGGUAGCAAUGUGCGUACAUUUAGGGUUGCUUUGCACCCAAUCCGAUCCACAGCUACGGCCCAACAUGCGCCGUGUGGUGGUACUGCUUUCGAAAAAGCCAAGCGUCCUCGAAGAACCAACUAGACCUGGAUAUGCUGGUUCCAGAUAUAGAAGAUCUCGCAGACCCACUGCAUCAUCCUCCACUGCCGGAACUUCUAGUGAGUCCGGUUCCCAUACAUUUGGUUCCACCACCAAUACCAACAGUGCAACAGUAACUGCAACUGCAAGUGCAAGUGCAAGUGCAAGCACAUCAGCUCUUACAAGUCCAGGAUUAGAUCGUCAUGGAAAACGUCCCAUGCAAGGUUAGGCACACCUUAAAGAAAGAUUUUGUUUGUUCUUUUGUUUCGUCUGGGAGCAACGAGUCGGUGCUUUGGAUUUGGUGUUGGAGGAAAUUUAGUUCAAAGUUUUAACGGAAUUUCUUUCAAUUCCAAAUUCAAAACGCUGAUUCGAUGCUCCCAAAGAUAGCAUUUGUGCAUUCAGGUUUGUAUCAUUGUUUUAGUAAAUAUGUAAAUUUUAGAGAAUGCUGAGUUAAAUUAAUACCAAGGUGGGGGUUAGGAGUGACAUUCA